AUGCAUAUUUUCAAAAUUAUUAUUCUAUAUCUUACAGCAACAUAUUAUAGUUAUGGACAGAAAAGUGAUGGAAAGGGAGCCAAUGCAAGUUCAACAGAAGUUAGUAUAGGAUGUUUUUCUAAUGAUUCAUCAGUUAUGUUAACUAAUGGCGAACAAAAACAAAUCGGUUAUCUUCAAACAGGUGAUGAAAUUCUAACUGUUGAUCAUUUGAAAAUAGUUCCUACUGAAAUGGUUAUUAUGUUGGAUAAACAAAGAUCAAAACAUGCUCAAUUUUAUACAUUCGUAACUGAUUCCAAUCAUAAAAUAAGUUUAACAGGUCUUCAUCUAAUUCCGAUUAUUUCGUCAAACAAUAAAAUGAAUUAUAUCGCGGCUCGAGACGUUCACUUAGGUGACCAACUUUAUGUUUUAGUUAAUGGUCACAUGAAACCUACAACAAUCAAAAAUAUAACCAUUGAAAUAAAAAAAGGAUAUUUCGCUCCAUUAACAUUGACAGGAACUUUAUUGGUAAACGAUGUUUUGGCAAGUUGUUAUGCAUCAGUAAAAAACCAUCAAUGGGCACAAAUGUUUAUGACUCCAUUUCGUUGGUAUUAUAGAUUAGCUCGUUUUAUUUCUGUCAAUGAUCCAUUUGAUAAUAAUCGAACAGAUGGAAUACAUUGGGUUGUCCAGAUUAUUUAUCAACUGACACGUUAUAUUCAACCUUGA